CCCGAACAGAAGUGACCCUAUCUGUCAAUGAAUUGAGGUGGAAACCGUCAAACGUCUUGUCGUCCUGGCACUGGCCUCGAACUACGGCUUGCAUCGCAUGAAAUGUAAGAGUGAGUAGCUUCAUCAUUUUCAGCCUUCGAUCUCCCUUGGUCACCAAAUAAAUCCAGUUCCUCUAUUUCGUACUGGCCGUGUCUUCGUGUUCUUGUUACUUCACGACUUCACAAUGCAUCCCUCAUGGAGAGGUUGUUCGACACCUCGGCUCCUGACCAUUGGUGUUCUCUUCGUGAUUACAGUCAUCCUGCUUUCCUUCCACGGCCCAUCGAGAGAAUAUGUGACGCACACUCUUUAUUCGGGAUCCGAUUCCUGCACCGCAACAUUAGCGACUCACGUGCAGCUGCUGAGAUCUGAGUAUUCUGCCAUGCUGUUAGGUGUCGAGUACGUAGCUAUGAUAGGCUACCCAAAUCAUAGCAACAAAGGAGAUUCAGCAAUAUGGGUUGGGGAAUUGAUUCUUCUCGAAGACCUGGGAAUACAGUCCGUGUAUGCUUCUGCCAACAGCAACGACUACGACAAGACGAAACUUCGGGAAAUCCUAGAAGCGCAUGGGGGACCUGAAAACACCGCAAUCAUGUUUCAUGGAGGUGGUAACUUCGGUGACAUCUGGCCGGGGCCGCAAAGAGAUCGUGAGACUGUGGCUGCAGAUUUCCCAGAUUACAGAAUUCGUUCCUUUCCGCAAACCUACAGGUUCUACAAUCAAGACCAGCUUGAGCGCGCUCAGAAAGCUUUCAGUCAACAUCCUGAUCUCCAACUCACCGCAAGGGACACAAAAUCCUACAUGAGUCUCCAAAAGGAUUUCGGCCAAAAUCACAAAGUCUCACUGCUUCCGGAUGCUGCUACUAUGCUAACGACGCGCCCUAUCUCCGGUGGCCGAAGUCCGAAGGAAGGCAUCCUAUUUCUAGCGAGAUACGAUAAGGAGGGUGAACAAGACCACUACAAAGACAAAGCAAUUAUUGAGGAACUACGACAUAUUUCCGAUCAGGAUGGAAAUAUUCUCGAUAUCGAUGUCACUCUUCAGGACUGGAUUAAACUUGACCCUGAAGGAUUGCGUGGUGCAAGCUACAAUGACCAGGCCUGGCUUCGGGUAAACUGGACCUACAACUUCCUGAAUCAGUACGAGCUGGUCAUGAGUGACAGGUUACAUGUGCAUAUCCUAAGUACAGUCUGGGGUAUUGAUCAUAUCACAGUCGAAGAAGGCUCAUAUGGUAAAUUGAGAAGCUACCAUGAAACAUGGCUAUCCGGGUGUGGAAGUAUAGUGGCUAUGACGCAGAGUGUCAGAGAGGGAGUCGACUCCGCAAAAGCGUGGUACCGAAAUGGUAGAUCUUUCUGAUGGAAGUUUAGACCAGCGUUCGCCAAUCCACGAGGAGGAUCCCUUCUAUAACGUGCUGGAAUAUUCAUAUAGAUAUUGCUCAAUAUUUUCCAAUCAUUACCCACAAUACUCGUCCCCUUAAGAACGGCUCCACUGAAAAGGACCUGUAAGUAGUUAGCGACUUUAGAGUCGCUGGAGAGGACCAUGGGAACAUGUUUGCUGUGUGUAAAUAGUCAAUCCAACAGUGG